CAAAAGCUAAAAUAUUGGCAUUAGACGGAAAGCUUUAUGCACAGAGCUUUGCAUAUUGUUACCACGUGCCUAAAAGCGUCAAAUUCACAAAAAAUUGUACAGCACAAGUACGAAUGUAAAAAUAAAAACAGACAUAAAAACAAUAACAAAACAGUUAGCAAGCAACAAUUCUUGAGCGUGGAAGUGUAACUAAACGAAAAAGCUUUAAACUACGUCACAAAUGAAAUAUAAUUAAAAGUUUUUUUUUUGUUUUUUGCAUUCUAACAAAAUUAAGCAAGCUUUCUCGCCUACAGAACAACCCUAAACUUAAUGUGUAAGGCGAAUCAGUCGCUAGCAGAACGUCAUGCGAAAAUAAGUUCAAAUAUUGAAUAGAAUAAAAUAAAAUAAAAUAAAAACAUUGUACAAAACGAAUUAAAAAAAAUAAAUCACUUUUAAUGCUAGAAAGAAAGUAUUAGAAAAAAAUAAGAAAAUACUUUUUAUUUUUUAUUAAAAAGUGCUAAAAGUAUUUAUAAUUAUUGUUGUACUCCAAUCAAGUUUUUAUAAAUAAAAUUUAUAAUUUAUUUUGUACUUUUCUACAAAAAUAUUCAAGUAUAAAAAAAAAAUAAAUUGAAAAACUUAACAAGCAACGAAUUAUAAGUGCGCAUUUAAAAUAAAAAUUUUUACAUAUUCUAAGAAAAAAAAACUAACUUUUGUAAACAAAAAACAAUUAUAAGAAAAUAAAAAUAAUUUUAAGACAAACGAAUAUAUUUUUAAACUGAUUUUAAGCUAUUCAUAAGGCGGAAAACCUAUACAAGAAUACCUCCCUCAACUGCGCUUAUCGUACAAUUGUACAAUUGUUGUUAUUGACGACUCAUUAAACAUUUAAGCCGUUUAGAAGGAAUCAACAGUAACAGAGACAGACAACGUGAGGAAGGAAAACAAAAAGCCACAAAAAUCAAACUACGAAACAGCAAAAAUGUCAUGGAGAUACGCGUCACCAAGCCGUCUGGAAUCAUCAGAGCAGACCACAGGCCGUCAGUUGCAGCGCGUGCUGCACUAUUCGCCUUGCCGAUCAUUGCCAGGCUUUCAAAGGACAGAAUGUGUUUUGCAUGAUGUUGACUGUGAUGAAGUUUACCCAGGAAUUUAUAUUGGCGAUGCUGCGGCAGCAAAAAAUAAAACUUACCUGCGUAUGAUGGGAAUAACACAUGUACUGAAUGCCGCGGAAGGUUGUCGUUAUGGACAAGUGGACACUGGGCACAGUUACUACCGUGAUAUGCCAAGUGUGAGAAGAAACAACAAAGAAACUUUUUUUAGAUAUAUGGGCUUCCCAAUGGUUGAUGCCCCAUCAACAGAUAUAUCCAGAUACUUUUAUGUGGCAGCAAAAUUCAUAGAUAGCGCCAUCAGUGGUGGCGGUAAAAUUCUGGUACAUUGUCUUGUUGGUAUGUCCAGAUCGGCUACAUGUGUGCUGGCUUAUUUGAUGAUUUGUCGUAAAAUGUCUGCACAGGAUGCGAUACGUAAAGUACGCAUGCGUCGUGACAUACGUCCUAACGAAGGUUUCCUGCAACAAUUAGCUGAUUUGGAUAUGGAGCUUAAACGCAAAAAUCUCUAUCCAUACUAAAACAAUCGAAUUGGUCUCCUUUUAUAAAACACAACACACUUUAUAUAUUUAAUAACAUUUAAAACAAAAAGAAAAAAAACUUACAUAUACACUUAAAAGUAAGAACAAGUGGAACACAUAUAUAAAGUUCUAAACUAUUUAUAUUUGUUAUAUAUACUAAAAAAUAAAAAAAUAAAACCAAUUAUAAGGAACAAACAUUUUUAAACGAAUAAACCAAAAACCAAAUAUUGAACAACUGACUAUUAACGUA